AUGAGGUCACGGCGGGGCGUCACCCGGUAUCCGGGCCUCGGGACGCCCCCGGUGACACUGUCGCCAGUUAUCUCUGUGGACAACAGGAUGCCUCCCUACUAUGUGGUGGAAAAGAGGAGAGCCACCGGGCGUGAAACUCAAUCACCUCUCUCUCCAAUCCCGACAGGUUUCUCAGCCCACUUCGCACAGCAGCCGUCUGAUCAGGUGGUCGUCGCCGGCAAGUCAGUGACUCUCCCCUGCGUUGUGGUCGGCUACCGAGGGACCGUGCAAUGGACCAUGGAUGGUUUGGCGCUGGGGGCGGAGCGAGAUCUUCCAGGUUGGUCUCGUUAUUCCAUCGUUGGAGAUCCGGUUUCGGGAGAACACAACCUGCAAAUUGAUCAUGUGGAGCUGGUUGACGAUGCCAUCUACGAAUGUCAGGCAACGCAGGCGGCCCUGAGAUCGCAGCGGGCGCACCUGUCUGUGCUGGUUCCUCCUGGAGACCCUUUGAUACGAGGAGCUCCCGUACUUAACGUGCUGCUGGACACCCCCUACAACCUCACCUGUCUGGCCCCUGCGGCAAAACCGGCGGCCGAGAUCCUUUGGUACCGUGACGGCAAGCAACUGCACGGAGCCAUUUACUCCAAGCACUUGUUAUCGGACGGCAAGAGCGAGGACGCUGUCGGCAGUCUCCUAAUUACGCCGAGUUUUGCUGAUACGGAAUCCAGCUACACGUGCCACGUUAGGAACUCCGCGCUGCCUGAGGGGCGAGAGAGAUCGGUGACGCUGAGCGUGCAAUAUGCCCCCAAGGUGACGCUGUCUGUGAACCCCCCCACCGUGUCAGAAGGGGGCCCUGUGACUUUUCUGUGCAGUGCCGUGUCCAACCCGGAGGUGACCACUUACAGGUGGGCAAAGGGAGGAGUUCCAAUUUCCGUCUCAGGAGACCGCUACCACGCAACCGUGGACCACACUUUCUUCACCGCUCCUGUGUCCUGUGAGGUCUCCAACAGCGUCGGAAGCAGCAACGUUAGCACGGCUGUGAAUGUUUUGUUUGGGCCACGUCUCCUGACAGAACCGCGUCCAAUGAUGGUAGAUGUUGGUGGAGAUGCAUCCUUUUUUUGCGGAUGGACCGGCAAUCCAACACCAACUCAGUUCUGGAAUAAGAAGGGCUCCUCGGAGGUGCUGAGUAACGGCAACACUCUGUCGCUAAACAAGGUGAGCCGGGAAGAUGCAGGAACCUAUGUUUGCAAAGCCAUCGUCCCACGUAUUGGAACCAUGGAGAAAGAAGUAACUCUAACUGUGAGAGGGCCACCUGUCAUCACAAGUGAAAUAAGCUAUGAAAGUGUCCUUGGAGGAAAAGCACGACUGGAGUGUCUUGUGGAAACCACACCAAUACCUGAUAGAAUUGUCUGGACUUGGGACCAUAACAGCCUAGAUGAAGGCUCUUUGGGGCGCUUCUCGGUGGAGACAAGGGUGACAAAAAACGAUGCUGUCUCUUUCCUUAUUAUUGAUGGAACAGAGCCUUCAGAUUAUAUGAUUCAGUACAACUGCACCGCCAUAAAUCAGUUUGGAGAGGAUUCCGUGAUUAUCUCCCUGAGAGAGGAAGCUACUUUGCCUAUGAUGCUCCUGCUGAUCGCUUUGGGUUUGGGGACGCUCUGUCUCUUUGUAAUGGUGACCAUCUGCGUUCUUUGCUGCCGGCGACCGCGGAAAGAGGUAAAGGACACACAGAUACUAGGAGUCGAGGUUUCCGGGAGUGAACAUAGCGAUAGACACCCGAGCGACUCAGAAGAAGACCUCAAAGAACCAUUGCACACUGAUACAGAAUCUCGAGGAACAUCGCAGACAGAACACAGCGACAUCCCGGAUGACUCUCAGGACCCAACGAACGGCUACUACAAAGUCCGAGCCCACGAUGACUCCCGUCCAAUCACAGUUGCCUAUCCAGAGUUUUCCUCGCCUCCUCGGCCUCUAUAUUCUGCGACCACAAGUCUCACCCCGCUCUGCCCAACUCCGUCUUUACCCGGAGCUCCCAAACUGUAUGACUAUGCCCACCGGUACGCCACCACUCCACGCCAAGGAAGCGAACGGGUCCAUAUACCGCAAGGCCCGUGUAGCAUAUCUACGGGCCCAGGUAGCCAACCGGCACCUUACGCCAGAGCGUUCUGCAGUUACGUCCGCCCAGACCGCUUCGAAACCCUGGAAUCUGGCCCUACGCGGCUCUCCUACGCCUCACUCUCCACGCACUGUGACUACGGCCGACCAGCACAACAGCGCAUGCAAACUCACGUGUGACCUCAGUUUUUAUGCUCCCAAAGCAGUCAAGUUUUCGGACAUCUUGACCAACAUUUGUCUUCCUGUUGACGUUUUCGAGCUGAGGAACGUUUCCGUACCCCAAAGCCGCUGUAAAUUGGCUCAUCGGGAAAGCAAACGGAA